AUAUACCUCAGUUAUGAAACAUUAAAAUGAGAUUUAAAAAACAGAGAAUAAAACCUCUGAGACCCUCAAAUGCCCUCAAAAGAACUUAAUUAGCCUUUAAAUUGAACUAAUAUGGUGUGAAAAUAUUUUGUGAGGUCAUAUAAGUGCCCAGCGUCUGGAGCCAGAGGGCAUGGAUCAUUUCCCGACUCUGGAAAUUGAGUCAGAGUCAAAAUGUGUCCUGCCCUGGCUUAUUACUGGCUGAGAAGAUCGCCCAUCCCAGCAGCAUAAUUCCAUCUGGGCUAAAUAUUUAUACAGAGGGGGAACGACAUCACUUAUCCACAACACAUCCAUUCACAUAAGGGAAAGCUACUUGCACAGUGAAGUGAGUGAUUUGCUCUGUUUGUCAGAAGAACAUCACUUGUUCUUGCAGGUAUUUGCCUGGGUAACUUUUUGGGAAAAGCUCUCACACUGACUUAGACUACACAAUGAGCCUUUUGAUUUCAGUUUUGGGGGUGAUUCUCACUCUCUGUCAGAUUGGAAGGAAUCCAGCCAGCGCUGGGAUGUGCUGGUUGCAGCGGAGUCCAGACCAACGGUGCAACAUGGUGCUGAUGAGAGGGGUGAGCAGAGAGGAGUGCUGUGCUGGGGGCCGCCUGGACACAGCAUGGUCUAACACCAGCCUGCCCAUGAAUGAAGUCAGCUUGCUGGGGUUUCUUGGUAUUGUCUCCUGUAAACCAUGCCACGAAACAUGUGAGGGAGUCAAAUGCAGUCCUGGGAAGGUUUGCAAGAUGAAGAUGGGAAGGCCUCAAUGUGUGUGCUCUCCGGACUGCUCUCACCUUUUAAAGAAGCAUGCUGUGUGCGGCAGUGAUGGCAAGUCCUACAAAGAUGAGUGUGCCCUGCUACUGGCCCGCUGUAUGGGACACCCAGACCUAGAAGUCAUGUACCAAGGAGAGUGCAAAAAAUCAUGCUCCAACGUAGUGUGUCCAGGAACCCACACCUGUGUGACCGACCAGACCAACAGUGCUCACUGUGUCAUGUGCCGCACUACACCUUGCCCAAUCCCCAUGCCGUCCGAGCAGCAGAUCUGUGGCAAUGACAACAUCACUUACCCGAGCGCCUGCCACCUCCGCAGGGCCACCUGCUUCCUCGGCCGCUCCAUAGGAGUCCGCCACUACGGCCACUGCAACAUUUUUGAUGCAGAUCCACCCCGGAGAUCUCACAAAUUCGAAGGCAGUGAGGAAAACGCAGUGUAGGUGGACCAACCCAGAUACAGCCUUCAACCAGAAUAUGAGUUGAUCAACCAGUCUUUCACACCACUAGCUUCCAAUGAUGACCUCUUCAUUUUGACAAUCACUUCCUCUCUCUUUGUUGUGCACAAAAGGAUGAUGCUUUGAUAUUAAACACCAGUCUUGCAAGACACACACUAGCGUUACUGCCUCAAGAAGGCAAUUUGUAUUAAUCAUUGUUUUAGCUUUAGAAGGUUCAGGCAGAUAAACGCAUGUGUUGAUAUGAGCUCUGUGAGAGAUGUGUGCAUAUUGUAAAUAGACUACCAAUACUAUUUAUUGGAGAAGGUAUCAAACUCUAUUUAUGUUGUUAUCCCACUUACAAAUUCAUAUAUCCUUGGGAAAGCUGAUGCAAAAUAUAUAUUUAUUGUUUUGUUUAUUGUAUAUGUACAAUAGUGUUAAAUGGCAUCAGCUUUUUUUUUUUUUUUUUACAACUUUUUAGUUUUAUAGUCUCAAUAUUAGAAUAGACUUUUCGCUCAUGAUGAUGGAAAGCAAUGCUAAUUUGUUUGGAGAGUUGAUAUCACUUUAUAUUCUGCCUGAGUGGUUUCAAUUUACAACAAACAUAAACAGGACAACUAUAGCCCAACUGUGUGUACUUAGAGUGGUAAGAAAGUAGUUUCACCCCCUUUUCUCACACACAUGCACGCACACACACAUGCAUUAUUAUUCCAGAUCUUGAUCCAAACGCUUGGCUGCCCGCUGAUCACUUAAAUGUACAAUUUAGUUGUGUUUGUAGCAGUCCCAGAAAACUGUUGGUACAACCCCAAGCCCUCUACAAUACCUCCUCUGUUGAAUGUUUGGCUUUGUAUUCUGAGUGCAUUUUUUUCACAGUCAUGCAACUUUGUUCUGAUGCUGUUUUGCUGCUUUGAUUUAAUUGGGAUUUUUAAAAGAUGUUACCCUGCAGACAAAUGCAAUUAGCACCGCCUGACUUAAAAGAAAAUUGAAUUUGUCUGGGAAUGGCCUGCAAUUUGGGCCAAUUGAACAGACCAGAUUGCAGUGUCUUCAGAGCUGAGUCAAUUUGCUGUUGAUAUCGGUGAACCUGGACACAUCCACGCAAAUGGUCAAGUUAUUCAAUUAGAUCUUCUUAACUCAAAUCAGAUGGCUGAAUACUUUAAGUAGUCCUUGCAGUGUAUUAUGAAACAUUUUAAGGAUUCCUCUGUAAAUAAGAUGUACCUACCUGUGUAUCUACUGUGAAGUUUAAAUGAUAAAUGUGUCAACAUAUUUUUGUAUUUUUGUACUGCCAUUUUAAAAUGACAUAAAGUUUAUGAUUUGUC